AUGUCUCACAGUAACCGGGAGCUGGUGAUUGACUUUCUUUCUUACAAGCUCUUACAGAAAGGAUACAAUUGGAGUCAGUUUGAAGAUGAGAAUAGGACUGAGGCCCCAGAAGGGACAGAGAUACCUAGUACUGUGAAUGGCAGCCCCUCUUGGCACCCUGCUGACAGUCGUGCAGUGAGUGGGGCCACAGGACACGGCAGCAGUCUGGAUGCCCAUGAGACAAUACCAGUGGCUGCUGUGAAGCAAGCUUUGAGGGAGGCAGGAGAUGAAUUUGAACUUCGGUACCGGAGGGCAUUCAGUGACCUGACAUCCCAGCUCCACAUCACUCCAGGGACCGCUUAUCAGAGCUUUGAACAGGUAGUGAAUGAACUCUUCCGGGAUGGGGUGAACUGGGGCCGAAUUGUGGCAUUCUUCUCCGGAGGAGCAUUGUGUGUGGAAAGCGUGGAUAAAGAGAUGGAAGUCUUGGUAGGACGCAUCACCUCCUGUAUGGCCACUUACUUGGAUGACCACCUAGACCCUUGGAUCCAAGAAAAUGGCGGUUGGGUCACCUUCGUGGAGCUUUAUGGGAAUGAUGCAGCUGCAGAGAGCCGGAAGGGCCAGGAGCGCUUCAACCGAUGGCUGCUGACUGGCAUGACGGUGGCUGGUGUGGUCCUGCUGGGAUCCCUGUUCAGCCGGAAGUGACCAUACACUGAAUCUACCUUUGAACCUAUCUGAUUCACCCACUCCAACCCAGCUUGACCUGUACUCUGUCCUGACACAGAGGAAAUCCACUACAUACAGCUGACGUCUAUCAUGUGGGGUCCCAACCCCCUCCCCACCUCCAAUAGUAUGCAAUCUGAGACCCCUGGGCCCUUUUUCUGUUCAAUGUCUAAGUCCUGCAAAAAGAAAAAAAAAACAUGCAACUUCUUGAACCUCUACUACACUUGGGAUGCAAGCUGCCUAGUCAUGACCUCUCUCCUCCCUCAGACUUGCUAGAGCUGUGCCCUUCCCCGAACCUGACCAAAUCAAGAAGGAUCAAGAAACCUUAUAAAAACAUAGAGCUUUUCCAGGGGAAAAAAAUAAAUCAACUUAAUUAAAAAAAAAAAAGAA